GUGACGGAGAAAGUAAUAUGUUCUAUGUAACGGCGGAGAUAGAGAAGAAUGGACUUUAUAUUUAAAUGUUAGCACCCCCCGAAGAGGCUCAAGCUCUUACGUUGGGUCUGGAGUUACAAAUACAUUCUAAUUAAUCAGUAAAGUAAAGCCUACGACCAUUAUUCGGAGGGAAAUGCUACAGACAUAUUGACCGGCGAAAAAAAAUCUAACUGAAACUCUGCCGCACGGUCCCCUCGUUCCUUGGAAGAGGCGGAGAGCUCAGCAGCAGGAACAACAGAGAGUUGCUAAGUGAAGCUUUCUGGCAGGAGAUGCUGACGACACAGAGCCAGAACUGCUACAGAGAGCAGAUCCAGAAGGAGAUGUUGACCCGUUUGUCCUGGAAGAAACGCUACAGCCACCUGUACCCCUCCAACGAUCCCCAAAACAUCAGCACCGAGGGGACUAAUCUGCCCGGCAACACACAAGCUGUCCUGCCUCCUGUCACCAGGACAAACAAGAAGCAGAGCGGCCUUCCUCUUCCUCCUCUUCCUCCUCCUCCUCAUCUCCCUCCUCCUGAGAUCUCUCCGGAGGGGGAGGGUCUUCCCAAUGUCUCCCCCCUCAUGAGGCCAGUCUCUCCAAAGACCAGAAACGCUCUCUACCAGGACUCAUCGCACCACGGUAAAGGGCGCCGCCUGUACCUGCAGAGACGAGGAAACAUCCGACCCGAGGAGAAGUUUGACUUUCCUCUGCUCUCGUCCUGGGAGUACGGCUGGAGGCUGGGCGACUACACUCUGGAUUACAAAACUCCAUCCCGCGCCAAAUCCUCCGUGGUGAAGAGCACCUUCUACGCCAGGAACGGUGUGUUCAGCAGCCCGUCAGCCAGCGACUCACUGGGCUGAAGUUCAGCCUCCAGACACCAGGGGGCGCUCUUUAAUGAGAGAGGACAUGCUUUUAUGUUAUAAACCCCAUGUUCCCACAGUUCAUAUCAUUUUGUGAUUUGGGGUAUUGUUAGCCAUUUCAAGAUCAUGGCAUGUUCUUCGGGGCUAAAUUGCAUGUUAUCUGUGAGAAUUGACCUUCCAUUAAGUCCCGCCCCUCGAAUGCAGACUGGCCAAUCAAAACGCUGCAUUAGUCAGCUCCGAGGGUCCGACAACUACAUUUCCCUAUUACUAUUUACUUUGAGGCUUGUUUUGUGGAUUUUAAGUUAGUUGAAAUACAAAUGUUGAGGUUAAACAUAACGUAAAAGUGUUACUUGAUACCCAGAGAGGUUAGGUGAAGACUUUAAUACCUAAAAACUUCUGGGGCAAACGUUAGCAGAGUAUGUUAGCAUAUUAUUAUCUAACGUUAGCACCUUUAUGCUAUGCUAGCUAGUGAAUGUAUAAACAUGCUGUAUAUGCUUUUGAAUGACUGAAAAGGUAAAUAAAGACCAACCCUGCUUUACAGAUCAAAUCAUUAACUGUUGUUUUGCACAGAAAAACAAAGUAUUGUUUUGGGAUAUUUAAAGUACGGUUUCAUAAAAUGAAUAUAAAGCCUCUAUUUGGGUUUCCAAAUGAAGUUUAGAAUGUCAGAAAAAUCCUGAUUUUAACUAAAUAACUAUAGAAUUAAUGAAGUAGGCUUUUUCAGCUACAGUGUAUUAAAAUUGUACUAACAUUCAACAGUUUUCUUGUUUGUUUUA